GUGUGUGGGACCCCGGGACAUUCUCUGUGGCUCGGGGACAAUGAGACUGGUACCAGAACAUGCUGUCACCCCAGUUGAUGAACCUGUUUUUAACAAUCUUCUUAGGCUGUUCCUAUUGACCCUUCCCUCUGUAUUGCCCCGGAUUCUGGCGUGAGACUGUAUGUUGUACUAUUAGUACCCAGUGCAGUGGUAAAUGUACUUGAAAGGACCUUGAAUUUAUUGAUCCUGCCAGCUCUGUGAGGAUAAUCUGGCAGCCUGUCUCUGUGUGGCGUUAUAUAAGACUGUUUGAGGCUCAGUGCUGAAUCGCUGUUGGGAGGAAUUCGUGUGUGUGUGUGGGCUGUGAUUAUUCCCACACCGACUGCGAUUGGCUGCCCAGCACUGACCUGUGGCCCAGUUAUUAGGCUGCCGGAAGCUGGAACUCAACAGAAAAGCAGCUCAGAAUCGCAGUUUCGUAGUUCACCAUCGGGAAGGAGCAGCGAAGUGUCGUGGAAGCUGAAGAUUCUGAUAUGGGUUUGUGGCCGUUGGGCCUUGGAGCCCUGGGAGCAGCAAUCACCAGCGCGCUCCUGGCAAACACUGAUCUCUUGCUGUCCCAAGCUGACACUGCAACACUGACAUACCUGUCAGGGGCCUCACUGAGAACCUUGGAUGAAGAGAAAAGGAGAUUUGAGGCAGGCGAGCUGUGGAUGCAGACUGGUGCAGUCAUCAUGGCAGUGCGGAGACCCGGAUGAUUCUUGUGCCGAGAGGUACUGGAAUAAGAGUUUGCUUCAGAA